AUGCGCCUAGACUCGCACGGCGCCAAGUACGUCGGUAGCGCACACUGGGCAGCAGUCCUGGACAGCAUCUCGGAGCUCAAGGACCACUACGAGAAGGAAGAAGAAGCCAGGACACAGGCCAAAACACAGGCCACGGGUGACUUAGUGCCUUGUCAUUCUAGUCCGGGUCCUCGGCUGCUGUACGAACCGGUGCAGGCAACCAAAGCCGAGAUCUUGGCUUCAGUCCCUGCCCGACCUGUGGUGAACCGGAUCGUCGCAGCAUAUUUCAAUACGCAGGGCUUAGCGCCAGCUUUUCUCCACAGUGGCCAAUUUCUCCAAGAGUAUGAGAAAUUCUGGAAGGACCCAACGGCCACGUCCUUGGCCUGGGUCGGCCUGUUGUUCAGCAUCAUGUGUCUCGCCACGCAGGUGCAGCUGUUGAGCCACGAGCGAGCCGACGCGGACCUUCCGGCGCGCUUCCAGGUGUUUCGCGAGCGAAUGGUGCAAUGUCUGGUGCUGAGCCAGUUCACACGAGGCGGGCCGUACGUGCUGGAGACGAUGAUCAAUCACUGUGCCAGCGAGGUGCUUCUGUGCAAGGACGCAGACAUCGGGCUAUGGCUGCUGAGCGGGAUGGUUGUGCAGCUGGCCUUGAGCCAGGGCUACCAUCGCGACCCGCGGUACUUCUCGCACAUCUCCCCCUUUACCGGGGAGAUGCGGCGGCGAGUGUGGGCGGCGAUCGUGCAGCUAGACCUCCGGUUGGCGAGCCAGAUGGGCUUACCGCGCGUACUCAAAUCGCAAGAGUACGACACGGCCGACCCACGCAACCUACUAGACGCCGACCUAGACGAGUCGAUCGAGGAGCUGCCCCCCUCCCGGCCCGAGAGCGAGGUGACGCCCGUGCUGUACGGCCUAGCCAAGAGCCGGAUCGACCGGAUCAGCGCGCUGAUCAGCGAUCUCCUCGCCGACACCCGCGAGCACCUCUACGCGGAGAUCAUGGAGCUAGACACGAAGCUCCGCGAGGCCGAGAGCGGACUACCCCCGAUCUUCCGCUGGCAGCCCCUCGGCCAGUCGUUCAUGGUGCCGCCGCAGAUUGUCCUCCAUCGCGUGUGGCUCCAGCUGGCCAUCCAGCGGCUCCUGAUCUGCCUGCACCGGAAGUACCUGGCGCCGUCGUAUGGGCAGGACCGCUACGCGUACUCGCGCAACACCUGCGUGCAGGCCGCCAUCAAGAUGCUCGAGUUCCAGCAGCUGGUCAACGAAGAGACGCAGCCAGAGGGCCAUCUGCACCCCGUGCGCUGGGUGCUGUCCUCGCUCCUCCAGUCCAACUUCCUACUGGGCAUGAGCGUGCUCUGCUACUACCUCCAACGGGCCAAGAGCAUGCCUCCCGAAGAUGCAUCGUCGCUGGACCGACAACACACGGGCGCCCAGAUCUACGGCCUGCUACGAUCCACGUACCCCAUGUGGCUUCGCUCAAGCACCGUCUCCCACGAUGCCCGGAAGGCAGUCGAGCAUCUGAAAUGCAUCGCCAAUUUCCCGACUGCCUUCAGCGCUGAUUUUAUGCUUGAAUCCGAGUCAACGAGCUCGGCGGAUCUGCUGCUGGCAAAUAUCCUGGAUUAG